AUGAUAAGAUACAAAUACCUGAGUGUCGCUGGCCUCUUGCAGAAGUAUUUACCCCCAGUUCUUGGUGCCUUAUUCAAUUUGUUUGCUGUUUUUGCCGUGUCCUGCUUGAAUGGAAUCUACAGUUUUCUCAGAGCAGCAUCUGUACCAGCAAGCAAAGCCGUAUCAAGACUAACGGACCGCUGGGAUGGAUCUUCAUGGUUCCGCUGGCGGCCAACUUCCAUCAUGCAACUCUCAGCUAUAGAACACAAGAUUUUCCAAUGCAUUAGAAGCAAAUUAGAAUCAAUGUUUGUUCCGAUUCGUAGCAAUGAGUGUCAAAUCCGAACAAUCAUUGUGAAUCGGAACCACCCACGGAUCCCACUUGUGAUGGUUCAUGGCAUGGGUGGGGGAGUUGGCCUGUGGACUCUCAACAUUGACUCUUUGGCCACCAAGCGAACAGUCUAUGCAUUUGACCUUCUUGGCUUUGGCCGAAGUUCACGGCCAUCAUUCAGCAGUGAUGCCAUGGAUGCUGAAAACCAGUUCAUUGAUGCUAUUGAAGAAUGGCGCCAACAGAUGAAACUUGACAAGUUUAUUCUCCUUGGUCACAGUCUUGGAUCUUACCUGGCUACUUCCUAUGCUAUUCGGCACCCAGAUAGAGUGCACCACUUGAUUGCUGUUGAACCAUGGGGUUUCCCUGAAAAACCCGUCCAAGCUACAAACCAACCAAAAUUAUCCUACUGGGCACGUGCAGUCAUCACUAUGGCCAGACCAUUCAACCCUCUUGCUGUUAUUCGAGCUGCUGGUCCUUGGGGUCCUGGAUUAGUAAAGAAGUUCCGUCCAGAUCUGAAACAAAGAUUCUCACCUUUAUUUGAUGAUGAUACAAUACUCAAUUACAUUUACCAUUGCAAUGCGCAGACCCCAAGGAGAAUCAGCAUUCGGACAAUGUCAAUUCCAUUUGGUUGGGCUAAGCAUCCAAUGAUUCUACGGAUAACAGACCUUGAUAAAUCCAUUCCAAUCACACUUGUCUAUGGUUCACGUUCUUGGAUUGAUUCUAGCACAGGACAGAAUGUGAAAUAUCUUCGCCCAGACAGUUACGUUGAUGUACAGGUAAUUCAAGGGGCAGGACAUCAUGUUUUUGCUGAUCGUUGUGAAGAAUUCAAUUCUUUAAUCAAUGAAGUCUGUGAUUUGGUUGACCAUCAAUCAUUACAGACCAGAAACCUUGAAAAUGAUGACAGAGAUAAUGAUAUAUUCUGA